AUGGAUUUGGACUUUGACCAUAUUGCCUGCAGAGGUCCAGAUAGCAACAACCAACAUCAUCCUGUACCCAACCACAACCACCCUCUCAACCCGAAUAACAUACCGAUGCAUGCGCGAAGACACCACAGCCUAUCCACGAUGCCCGCACUACCCAACUACUUCGAUCCCAGAGGCCAGAUGCCCUUGGGCUUUGGCUCGGAUGCCAUCAUGUCACCCACGGUACCCAUGGGCUUUGGCCUCGAGACGCCCAACUCGAGCCCUCAGAUCGAGGACGAUAGUACCUCCGCGGCUUGUAGUAGUGUGGACUGCAAUCGAUGUGUCAGUGAGUGCGGCGCCAGUGAAGCUGGUGAUAUCUGCACUGACGAAGACUGCGCUCAAGCUUGCGACGAUGACGACUGCGAUGAAGCUGCUGCGCAAUGUACAGACGCAGAGUGUCCAGCUAAUGACAUUCUCUCUGAGAAGGACAAAGCUGCCGCCGAUGUGUUGGCUUCCAUAGGGGGGGACACUUUCACCCAGGACAGCAUAAUGGCUCCAUUGAUGCCUUCGAUGCCCUCGAUGUCUUCCCAAUACUACGCGGCCCAAAGCCCCUAUCAGAGUGGAGGAAUCCCAGCAGCAUCUCAGAAUCAUUUCCACCCUGGCGGGAUGACCUUGUCGAUGGCUCAUUCGAUGAACAUGGGCAACCCCUAUCAGAGUAACCCCAACCUCUACAACACUGUCCUCAGCUCUUUUGCCGGCUUUGGGGAUCCUGCCACGUCUGCGCCCGCAGAUUGGAUGGUAUUUGGAAUGCAUCUCAACGAGCAUGCGCACGAUCAGACAAACUGUAUACAGCCUUGCCUUACGGAGAACCGGAACUUGCCAACCAGGUGCCCUCUUCCUCACCUGUCGCAUGCUCAUCCAGGUGGACUAGACUUAUCCUUUUGCAUGCCCGACCCGAACUCGUCAGAGUUCAUACCUUGCGGUGCUGAGCUCAACGGCGUCGAGGACUGGACUAGCCAUUUCCAAGAACAACAUGUUGCAUCAGAAGGACAGCAUCACAACUAUCCUCAUACAACACAACACUCUUACCCGCCUCUGAUGCCGCCGAAUCGUCAGCCUCAUUUCCUUCCAGGGCCACGGGAAGGUCUUCUUGACCCGACCCAUGCUGCCCAAGAUAAGGAGUCCACCACCUCUCCUCUAGGGCUCCAGGCGUCCUCGUCUCCGCAACCGUCUCCGGCCACUGCGCAAACUCUGCCCAGCCCUGAUAAGACCGGAGCUGAAGUGUUCACUUGCCAAUGGGUAAUCGCCGGUCAGAUUUGUGGUAUGAGCUACUCGAACGAUGACGCUCUACAGGCGCAUUGCAAGGAGAGACAUAUUGUCAACCUUGGCAAGACGGAUGCUGGAUACAAAUGCUGCUGGGAGGGAUGUGCACGUGAAGGUCAUUUCACGCAAAAAAGCAAGCUCGAACGUCAUCUACAGACACACACCGGCUUCAAGCCAGUCAAAUGUGAAAUUUGUAAUACUCCGCUAUCCGCCAAACAAUCGCUAGCGCAGCACAUGCGGAUUCAUACCGGAGAAAAGCCUUGGAGCUGCAAGUUUCCGGGCUGCAAAGCAUCCUUCAAGCAGCAGAGUGCUUUGACAAUGCACUCGAGAACUCAUACAGGCGAAAAGCCACUCAAGUGUGAGGUUUGUGGCAAGGCGUUUGGCGAGUCUUCCAAUUUGUCGAAACACAGAAAGACGCACAAUGUGAAGGGAGCAUUCAAGUGUGACUUCUGUGACAAGGACUUUCACAGACUCGACCAGAAACGUAGGCAUGAGAAGAUUCAUCGAAAGGACGCGAAUGCGCCUAAGGCCGCCAAACCUACUCCGUCUAUCAAGAAGACACAGGGCGGUCGAGUCACAAAGGCAUCGGAUCGAAGAAACAGUAAGUGA